AUGCAACGGUGCCGUGCGCUGCCCGGCGUUGUCGGAGCGCUGUGCCGGGCUCUGCCGCCCUGCGCCCGGCUCGCUCCCGACGUCCUGCGCCGCGCUAGGUUCGACCGGCCGCAGGCGACGCUGGAUUUCUGGAGGCUGCUGUAUGUUCUCUUGAAACAAAUCCACGGAGGCAAGUGGACCGAGUCGGAUGCCAUAGAUACCCAAAUUAGGUUUGUCAAAUCGGCGUUGUGGUACCACGGCUAUGGCAGGCCAGAACUUUAUCAGCUCCCCUCGGAUGGCUCAGCAGGAAGUCGAGAGCUGCUGCUGGCAUUUUCCUGGCUGCUGCACAGGGUGAACCUCUUGGAACGGCUUUUGGCUCGGAACAGAGUGAAAACAGGGGAUGAAACCUCUGUGUGCACGUGUGAAGAGGAUCUGUCUUACAGUGAGAAGGAUACAACUGAGAUGGCACCUGGGCUGGAGAACAGAGUCGAUGUUCGAUACCUUCAGUGGUUAAAUGGGAAGCUGAGGUUCCAGUGGCGGAGUCUGCAUGCUCAGCAGCAAGAGCAGUGCAAGCUUUUACAUAAGAUCCAUUUGUUCACUAGUGGUUCUCAUACAGACCAGACCCUUGGACAUUUUUCUGUCACAGAAACAGAUCUUGUCAGACAUCCGGAGAACUACAACCAGCUGGUACAGCAUCUGGAGUUGGAAACCAUGCAACUAGAAGCCUUUCUGGAGUGGAAGCAACUGGAAGUGGUUUACUGGCAGUGGAUGGAAACCGUGUUAGAUAACAUGGCUGAAGAGGGAAGCGUGCGCUCGGUGCAGGACGCUCCUGUGGAGACCAGCAGGCUGCAGGAGGGGGCCACGUGCUGCCCCUGGGCUGAAAGCAUGACUGCGCAAAUCGACAGGUUGUCUGGGGAGAUGACAGCUCUCCACAGCCAGCUGGACAAGCUGGUAGCACGCCGAAGGUCUGCCUGGUGUCAGAAGGUGAAAACAAGAGAGGAAGAACUGCAUAAAGAGGACUUCUCUGCCAAACUAGGAAAGAUAGAGGAAUCAGUGGAGCUGAAGCUACUAGAUCUUAUGAACCACAGUGCUCCAAACAGAACUAAAAUGCAUGGAUCAUGCAGGCUGGUGUUUAGAAGCAAACAUUCUGCCAGCAAAACAGGCUUUGGUGGGUCUGUAUCUAAGGAACCCGUUCCAGCUGUCAGUGCUACAGAAGUGAUCAGAGAACUGCGGAUGAGAGAGGCCAGCCUACAGAGAGAGCUGAAGCAGCUGCAGGAUGAGUGCAAGCAGAGGUUGGAUGGAAUUGCAGAGAGGUUGGAUGGAGUGAUUUGUAUCUCUCCUUGAAGAGAGAAAGCUGGACUCAGAAGAACAAAGGAGUGGGCCUAUUUGAUCAGAACACACUUGUGUGGUUUGGCAUGGCGGAGUGCAAGAUGAGGAACCAAAUGUGAGCUUUGAUAAUCAAGCCUGGGAACAGUGACUUGUUUCUGCUUUGUGACUUGCACUGGGGCCAUAACCUUUGUGGUUCUGCCUGCAGUCUCUUUAUUGCUAACCUUGCCAAUUAAAUUCUGCAGCAGGCCUUAGUGGGAGUGUGCUUACAUCUCCCUUUUAUCUUUUAGAUGUUUAGUUCUUCUGCCAAGCACUGGCUCUUCCAGAAUGCUCAUCUGCUAGACACAGCUUUCUUUGAGGCUGCAGAUUGGAGUACUAAUUGCAUACAACAUUUUCCAGCAAGUGGAAGCAUUCAUUAGUCAGAAAAAUCCAGGUACUGGAGAACAUACAAAGCACCAAGGCUCAGAGAGAUUGGGAAAGUGUGCUAUUUUUAAUUCUGCUGGUUUGCAUAUUUGUGGCAACUAUAAGGCAGCCACUAUAAAGAAAAACAAAUGCCUAAUAAUAAAUAAAGCUGCACGCUGACUUCAUUUGCUGGUGUGAUGCACUUCAAGUAAUGAGGUUCUCAAAGAGAGCAAACUAGAAACCCGUUCACCAAGUCAUGAGUCACAGCGCGACAACUUAUGGGUCUGCUAUAGGAAGUUUCUGUAAGAUAAAAGUAUGACCCUUGCUUCCAUGCACGAGAAGUCUUCAAACUCUUAUCCCUGAAGGCUUCUUUCCCUAGAAUAUGCAAAUGCUUUUCACUUGGCAUGCAUUUCCUGCCCUUUUCUGCUUUGUUCUCACUAAAGAAUCAUAGGAUGUUUAUAUAUGCUAGCUGUAUGCUUUCAGGAAUAAAUAAAAGGAAAAGAAAAUG